AAGUAACAUUUUCCACACAAUCAUGGUUGCUUCAGAAUUUCUCGGUUAUAUUCAAUCAUUUUCUGUAUGUAACUUUGUUGGAUUUGAAGAUUUAGCUGAUCGAGCAAAUUUUCAAUGGAAUGUUAUCAUAUUACUGUUAUGCAUGGCUUUAGUAACAAUGAGACAAUAUUUUAUGACACCAUUAGUGUGUUAUUUACCGACAACAGUGAGUGGAAUCAAUGCUGAUUCGUAUAUUACCAAUCUAUGUUGGAUUGAAGGAACAUUUCCGAUUAAUUUAACAUCUGGCAUUGUACCGCAUAAACUACAAGAUUGGGAUGCACUUCGACCGCAACAAAUGAAUUAUUAUCAAUGGGUACCAUUGGUGCUGGGUUUACAAGCUAUUCUCUAUUAUAUUCCCCGUAUUAUAUGGAGUAUAUUCACUUAUAAUCGUACUGGAACCGAUUUACAAAAUCUAAUACGUCAAGCUAAUUUAAUUGCUAAAGAAGAUGGUGAGAAACGUCAGAAAAUGGUACAACACAUUGCUAAAACCUUAGAACUACUCUUAUUCAAUCGUCGUGAAUAUCGUACAGCGGAUACACUCGGUGCAUCGUUUCGUCGUUCAUUGGCAUUUAUGCCGGGUAAACGUCAUGGGAAUAAUUUAGUCUAUGUAUAUUUAACUGUCAAAGUGUUAUAUUCGAUUGUUGGAUUUUUCCAAUUAUAUCUGAUGUAUUUUUUCUUACGUUUCGAUUCACGUGAAGGUUAUUGGUUAUUUGGUUAUCGUGUAUUAUCGGAUAUUAUACAAGGAAAACAAUGGACUGAGACACAAGUAUUCCCUCGAGUCGGUAUGUGUCGGCAUACAUUACAACAUGUCGGUGCAAGUAAUGCACUGUUUGCUCAAUGUGUCCUACCGAUCAAUAUGUUAAAUGAAAAAAUCUACAUUUUUCUAUUCUUUUUCUUGGGGUCAGUUAUGUUGCUAACAAUGUUUAGUAUACCAUUAUGGUUAUAUCGUAUGGGUUUGAAACGACGUCAACGUCAUUUUGUCAGGCGAUUUUUAAAAAUUGCCGAUGUCUACGAUCGUGACGACCCGAAAUUGCCAAUUCUCACAGAUCGUUUCAUGGCUGAGUUUCUUCGACAAGAUGGUCAUUUCAUUUUACGUAUGUUAUCAAUGAAUGCAGGGGAUUUGAUUACAGUAGAGAUUGUGUGUCAUUUAUUUGCUGAUUAUAAGAAACGUUUCACUGGUAUUGAUUUUCGCGGUCCACCUAUUGUACCGAAAAUGCAUAAAUAUCAUGAUUAUGACGGUUAUCUAUCGUCACAACAUCCUCAUCAUCAUCAUCAUCAACCACAUGAUAUUAUUAGUCCCAAUGAGAUGAUUGCCAGAACAAAUAAUAUGGACAAAAAUCCACCAGGAUUUAUUCGACUAGAAGAAGGUGGUACAGCGAAUUUACGCCAACGACCAGUUCCACCAUCGGCUCCAGUAGUUGCAGACAAUCCUAUUCCACCAGCCUAUCAACAACAAUAUCCAACACCAACGAUGAAAAAUCCUGAAAUGUAUCCAUUAAGUGUUGUACGAAAUAUGCCACGAGAUACUCCUCCUGCUGUUGAAUCCAGCAACAAUGUCACUCAUGCAAAUCAAUAUACUACUCCUAAGAAAAUGGACGAUAUUAAUAUUGUUGUAAAUGAAAAAGACCAGCCCAGCAAAAUACCACAGUACACACCUACAGAAGUAUGAUAUGGUAUGAUAUUCAUAAAACUAACUUAAAAGGGUCAGAGAGUGUGUGUGAGUGUGUGAGAGACAGAUAGCGAGAGAGCCGAAACCAAAAAGCCGGCAUACAUGUGGUCGGUCAUCUUGUAUGAUUGAUUGAUUGUUUACUCAACUUACCAAUGAAUGACAAAAUGAUGAUCUCAUCGGUCAUUUAUUUCACUUGUAAUCUUAUCUUUAAUGUGUUGCUCUCUAUAAAUAUCAUCUGUAUGAUGUAUGUAUCUAUCUAUGUAUGUCUAUGUUACAUAAUGACUGAACACUAUUUCUCUGUCUGUUUAUAUCAAUGUUCCAAUUAAAUUUUUCUCGUUUUCUAGACAAGGAGAAAACAUUGUAAUGUAAUGACUUACUACUACUACUACUACUACUACUACUACUACUACUACUACUACUAC